AAAAAAGCAGUUGGUUUUUCGGGAUUCCUGUGUUGGAAUUACUAACUCGCACUAGUCUUUCCAACCGUUAGCAUCUGUCGUCGUCCAGGGAAACAAAAUGGCGUACAUUAGUGACUAUAAAGAGCUAUAGGGCGUUCAUAUGGCUUCAACAAGCAGUUUACAGUCUGAAGGGAGCCAUUCAGUGAGGUCGCCUACAGGAACCGACAGUCCAUCUGUUGCAGGUUCUAGUCCUGAUGGUUCUGUAACUUCUGUAAAAUCCCCAACUUCUCCUAAACCACUGAAUGGUGCUGCUGUCCCUGAUGCUCCUUCAAAACAACCGCCAGCUAAAAGAAGCGAGGCGCCGAAGCGAAGAGGAAAAGUUCCUGAUCUCCCUGUGUUUGAGAGGCGAAACUGGUUAAUCCAUAUGCAUUAUGUGAGGAAGGAGUUUGAUAAGUGUAAGGUUCUAAUCAAGGAACAGCUUUUUGAGACACAAUACAUGUGUGAAUAUGCUUUGUAUGCUCAAGCCUUGAUUCUUCGUCAAGAGGGUAAAAUCCAGGAAUCACUGGAUUUGUUCCAACAAACAGUAAAAAUUAACCCCUUUAAUGCUGAUAACCUUAAGCAAGUGGCAAGAUCUCUAUUUCUUCUUGCAAGACACAAAGCUGCCUUGGAAGUGUAUAAUGAAGCAGCAAAACUGAGCUCCAAGGAUUGGGAAAUUUACCACAAUCAAGGGGUUUGUUAUCUCUAUUUAAAAGAUUUUGAGAAGGCAAAGGAUUGUCUGAAGCAUGCCAUUCAAUACCAUCGGCAUGAUGCCUCUUUCCUUCAGCUGGGCAAGAUCUACCUGAUGGAGGGAGACAUUGAAUCAGCUAUUGACACUUACAAGAAAGCCAUUGAAUUUUCUCCAGAAAACCCAGACUUGAUGACCACUCUUGGGUUACUUUACCUCCAGAUUGGAAUGACUCAAAGAGCUUUUGAAUAUCUAGGGAAUGCAAUGACAUACGAUCCAAGUCAUGUCAAAGCAAUACUUGGUGCAGGAUCUAUGAUACAAACCCAUGGUGAUUUUGAUGUUGCUCUCACUAAAUAUCGUAUUGCUGCAUCCAAGAUACCUGAAUCACCUCACAUGUGGAACAAUAUUGGAAUGUGUUUCUUUGGCAAGAAAAAAUAUGUUGCGGCCAUCAGUUGCCUUAAAAGAGCUGCUUAUAUGGCACCAUUUGAAUGGAUCAUUAUCUACAAUUUGGGUUUAAUACACCUGACAAUGCAACAAUAUGCUUCCGCAUUUCAUUUCCUGAGUGCAGCUAUUACGCUAAAACCUAAACAUGGACAACUCUUCCAGCUCCUGGCUAUCGCAUUGACACAUCUCGAUGACCAUGACAAUGCUAAACAAGCCUACGAACAAGCCAUUAUGCUAGACAUUGAUGAUCCAGCAAUAAGUCUGAACUAUGCUAUCUUCUUGUACAACAUGGAAGACCGAAAACAGGCGUCAAGACACUUUGCUGCUUACGAGAAAAAAAUGGAAGUCUUCAGGAAAACUAAAGGGGGCGAUAUUGAAAGAGAGAUCCUGGAGACAGGCAAUCGUCUUGGUCCUGCUUUACAAGUCGGCGAGAAACUGGUGUGGGAUGCUGAAGCCAAAACCACUCGCAUACCAUCAUCCAAGGCACAGAAUGACAAAAAUAAUUCUUCCCCUGCCACGUCAGCUAGCAGUAGUGCUGCUACGCUUCCAGAGGACGGUUCCUUUGUUUGAAUAUAUUGUACAAAUAGCUAGAACUUUCUUGUAAAAUAUAUCUUUUCCGAAUUCGCUUGAGUUACCAAGAUGGCUACAAGUCGAGGUUGGAAGUCUAACUCGACUAGGAGCCACUGAUUUGUGGUUUAUUGAUCUUACUCACAUUUUAUUCAUCUAGAGCAGGUUUGAAGUGAAAAACCAAAUCUCAUAACCAGAGCCUGCGUUUCUUCUUGCCUGCGGCGAAGAACGAGGGCUCUGGCAUAAUCCAUUUUUUGAGACCAGGAUUUCUUGGACUCCGGGUAAGAGCGCAUACGUUAAAAGACUUGCCAAAAAUAAAAAUAAUAUGUUCCCCAUUUCUAAUUCUUAUUUUGAUCGAAAGUAAACACAGAACUCUGUUUGAAA